UUCGCCUGUCCGUACCCAGCUCCAACUGUUUGAUGUGUACAAAAAUACAUGAGCCUGGGUAGCUUUGUAUAUAUAUACACAGCAACAUCCAUACAUGACAUUCUCUUACAUAUGAGCCCAACUCAAUUUCCGCAACAUUUCGGGCGCAGCUAGCAGAGUUGGAAGAUCAAGAAACUUGCUAACUUGCCAUGGCAUCCGAAGAAUUUCAAGGGGGAGUAUGUGGAGGAAACUGGUGGAAUCCGUCGAGGAAUCUGUUUGGAUCGCCGUGUUCGUUGCCGACCAAUGAUAUUGGGAGCUUCGGGUGGUCGAAUUAUGACCUAAUCAUGGACAUGAAGGCACCAAGGUCAAACGACGAGUCCGUCGGUUCAGCCGCUGACGGCCGAAAACCUCAGCAGGAGUCCGCUGCCAAUGGAACCAUGUCAGUUGACUCGACACUCCAAAUGAUGGGAAUCAACCUUUCAUCGUCCACAACUCCUGAUGACUGGAACCAAGAUUUCCUACAUGAUAGUGGAAGAUCAGACGGAAACUAUACUAACAUCCUGCAAGAUUCAAGCAUGAAUUAUCGGCAAGAAACGAGGGUCGACUACCCUCAGAUCCACAAGAACUGGAGUUCCAAUAAUUUCUCGGAAGAUUCUUCAGUUAACUCAUUUAAACAAGCGAAUCAAACUUUUCCUCUAGAGCAUCACCAGCAGUUUAACUCUGUCACCAGUUCUUCUGACUGUGUAACAACUUGCCAAGGGCUAUCAGCGGGCUUUCCUUUGAACUCGACCUCAUAUAGCUACACCUCAUCCUUGUUGCAAACUCUGUUUGACACGGAUUCUCAACCCCAACAAUCUUUGUUAGAUAACCAGGCAAUGAAUUACUCGUCUGCUGCGACUGAUACAUUGAAUUCAGACGAAUUCUUGGCUAGUUUGGCUAAAGUCUCUCCCGCUGAAGAUCCCUCUUUUACAAGACAACAGCCAACCAAUCAUUUGCCCUUCACUAAUAACGCACCCUUGUGGAAGGCCACCGCCGGUCUGAGUACUGUUCCCACAAAUUUUCUCCCUUCGGCACAAUCCGGACAGUUCCCUCCAUCAUCUCUUAAUAUUAAAAUACCUAAUCUCCCCAGCUUCAGUCAAAAGCAUCAAAAUGGAGAAGCGAGGGACUUAGCCUCGCUAGCAAAGAAAGCGGGUAAUGAACCGGCAACAUUCAAGCGUCCAAGAAUUGAAACGCCAUCGCCUUUGCCAACCUUUAAGGUUCGAAAAGAGAAGCUGGGGGACCGAAUAACUGCUCUCCAGCAGUUGGUUUCACCUUUUGGAAAGACUGAUACUGCAUCUGUUCUCCAUGAAGCUAUUGAAUACAUCAAGUUUCUACAUGAUCAAGUCAGUGUAUUAAGUACACCGUAUUUGAAAAAUGGAUCCCCUUCGUCGCAACGUCAACAGGCUGCUGAUUAUAGUAGAGUUAACAAGGAUCAACAAGGGUUAAUACAAGACCUAAAAAGCCGGGGUUUAUGUCUUGUGCCGAUAUCAAGCACCUUCCCUGUUGCGUCUGAGACUAGUUCAGAUUUCUGGACACCUACAUUCGGAGGAAGCUUCAAAUAGAGAAAUUACAAAAAGAAAAAAAAAAAAAAGUAAAAGUAAUAUAUUCAACAAGUACUGAUCAU